UGUGGUUUUUAUUGAGGAUUUGAGGGAUUUGGGGUCACUCAGCUGGGAAUUUGGGGGAUCCAUGGGUCGCUUGUCCCUGUCUGGCUCAGGGGCUGCCUGUGUCUUCUACCACACCCCAUUAAAUCCGGUUCUGAGCAGGAAGAGAAACAGGAGCCUCCAUUGCGCGGUCUCCCCAUUCCCCUUCAAGCCCCGGGGGACUCCGGUCUCGGGGUUCCUUGGGGGGCAGCUGCCCCGUGAGGGGGUCCCACCCUGGGGGGCGGUCCCACCCUGAGGGGCGGUCCCACCCUGGGUUUGGCUGUGUCCCCCCCGUGGAGGUGACGCUGGUGAGAGAAGAUGGCGCCGGGGCUGGCGCGGAACCUCCUCCUCUUCCUCCUCUUCUUCACCGCAUCAGCUUGGACAGAAGAACCCCCACCCUUGGAGGUGACCGGAGCCGUGGGCGGGGUGGCCUUUCUGAACCCCCACAGCCCCCAAGAUCCCUUCAAAUACUCCCAAAUCCACUGGCGCUGGGAAAACCAGCUGAGAAUCGCCGUCAGGAAACGGGGAGAGGAGCCCACGUACCCCCCGAGCCGCUUUCGGGGCCGCCUGGAGCUCCUGGACAACGGCACCCUCAAAAUGAGCCCCCUGGGCCUGGGGGACAGCAGCGAGUACUGCCUCCACCUGGAGGACAACACGGGCAGGGAGACCAUCAAGAAGGUCCAGCUGAAGGUCUACGAGCUGGUCCCGAAGCCCCGCGUGACGGCCACCACCAACGGUGACCCGCAGCAGUGCAACGCCACCCUGAGCUGCUCCGUGGGCCUCCAAGGGGUCACCUACGAGUGGAUCCCACCGCCGAAGCCCCUGGUGAAGGAGGGCCCGGUGCUAGAGGUCUCCUUCAACCCCACGGUGGACACCUACGUGUGCAAGGUCAGCAACCCCGUGUCCUCCAGCAGCGCCUCGCUGACCUUCCGGCACCCCUGCAGCUGGACAGACGAGUCCUCGUCCGUCACCCGUGCCACGCCCAGCACCCUGGUGGCCCUGGGACACCUCGUCCUCCUCUUCCUCCUGCUCGCCGUGGCUUGAGGACCCCGCGGGUGACACCUCCGGUCACCUCCUCACCUCCCACCACCACGGGACCAACGCCUGCACGAAGAUCCCGGAAUGCUCCGGGCGCGGAGGGAGCGGAGUCACCGGGAUCGUUCAGUUUGUGGUUAACUGGAAAUCCUCCUGUCCCCUCACCCCAAAACCUGCGGGGAGACCCCAUCUGAGCCUUUCCCGGGGUUCCCCGGAAUUCUGGGGGAUCCUCCUGGUUUUGGGAUGGCCUUUGGUGCUUCCUGCGAGGGAGGGUUUGGGGUGGGUUUUGGAUUUCCCACAUGUCACUUUGCACAUUAAAUUCCAUCCUCAACACCACAUCUUUAGGAUUUUCUGGAUUUUUCCGUGGGCUGGGACAUCCCAUGGCUCAGGGAUCGGGGGAUGAUGGAAGAAGCUCGGAGAUGUUUCCCCCCAGCCCCAUUUUUGGGGAUAAAAUCCCUUCCUUUGUCCCGCAGAGGAGGAUCUGGCUCCGGAGGGUGGGACACGGAUCCAGCGGGGUGGGAAGAAAUCACAGGAACGACGGAGCCUCCAAAAAAAUCCCUGGAAAAGUUUGGAACGCUUCCAGCUCCACCAACCCAGCCCAAAAAAGAGGAAAAUCGGGGAUUUCACCUCCAUAAAUCCCAAAAAAAUUCCACUUUCAGCAAAGAUUCCCAAAGAUUCCUUGGAAUCAUCCGAGGGUCAACAGGGACCUCCUUGGAAAAUUCCGAAUAAUUCCAGCCCCGCCUGAGGAGUGGCUCAGGGUAAUUCCUGAUUCUUGGAUGAUGAUUUUAACACCAAAGUUGAUUUUUCCAGCAACUUUUCCCCCUUGGAAAUAAUUUUUUUGGGUCUUGGUCCAUUUCCAUGUGGAGAUUUUGAGCUUUUAUUCCACUUAUAAAAUCC